AUGGCAUAUAACAACAACUGGUCAAACCAGCAUCAGCAACGCCAACACCAGCAACAAAAUGGCAGGAACCUUCCCCAAUUACAUUUAGACAUUAAUAACGGAAUACAACAACCUCAACAGUUAUACCAACAACAAUAUCGAACCCGACAAGAAUCGCCCCAGCAGAGUUAUGCGCAACAGGAAAAUUAUCCUCCAUACGGUGCACGCAUACCCACUCCGGCCACUCCUCAACCACAGCAAUACUUGACAUCGCCUUCCCCAACAAUAGCACAACCUCAAAUGGCACAUUCUCAAGUAGACAAUCGUCAAGCCGCAAGUCACGGUGUUGAUGACGCUAUAUAUCCUGCCGACAAACAUGAUCAAUCAUCACGUCGACCAGUGUCGUCAUACUAUGGCCUAUCCCUUACAAAGGACAAGCAGAGAGCCGAGUUUGAUGAAUUCUCGGUAGCAGGACCAUAUGAACCAGAAGAAGAAGAAGAAUGCCGUGACAUUCCCACAGCUGUGCCGUCCAGGGCCUUAUAUGCAAAUCCGCCACAACAACCUACUGCAUCACAUCACAUCAUCAAUAGUGCCGAUCCAUACAGCGGAGAAAAUUCAAAUUCACAUCCCAGCACAUAUGGCCCACAUCGACCAACACCCCAACGGCAAACCAAUCAACCUUACCCUGCUUGGAGCUCGGAUGAUCAUCGAGUCCCAGUAUCAAAGGAAGAAAUAGAGGACAGUUUCAUCGACCUAAAGAACAAGUUUGGAUUCCAGGAAGACAGCAUGAGAAAUAUGUACGAUCACCUGAUGUGUAUGCUAGACUCUCGUGCGAGUCGAAUGACACCAGCUCAGGCACUCAUCACUCUCCAUGCCGACUUUAUUGGAGGAGAAAAUGCUAAUUAUCGCAAGUGGUAUUUCGCUGCUUAUUUCGAUUUUGAUGAUGCGCGAGCUAAUGCUGCUAGCAAAGGAACCCCUAUGCCAGCACAACCGGACAAUCUCGAAUCCGCCGAAGAUAAAUGGAGACAACGUAUGGCAUCAAUGUCACAACACGAUCGAGUGCGGCAAUUAGCUUUAUAUCUUUUACUAUGGGGUGAAGCUUCUCAGAUUAGAUUCGUACCGGAAUGUCUGUGUUUCCUCUUUAAAUUAGCCGAUGACUAUUACAGAUCGCCGGAAUGUAAGCAAAAAGUACAACCAUUACCGAAAGGCGAAUAUCUCCGUACCGUCGUGACUCCAUUAUACAAAUAUAUUAGAGAUCAAGGAUACGAAGUCAUCGGAGGCAAGUACGUUAAGCGAGAAAAAGACCAUGCUGACACCAUUGGAUAUGACGACAUUAAUCAACUGUUCUGGCGUCCCGAGUUUAUCGCUAGAAUCUCAAUAACUACCGGAGGAACGAGCAUAAUGACUCUACCCCCAGCGCAAAGAUAUAUGCAUUUGAAAGAUGUCAACUGGAACAACGUAUUCGUAAAGACGUACGAAGAAAAACGUACAUGGCUACAUGCGAUCGUCAACUUUACUCGCAUAUGGAUCAUUCACGUAGUAUCCUACUGGUACUAUACUGCUUAUAACGCGCCAUUCCUGUAUAUGGAUCCUACAAAAGGAGGGCGAGCUGUACAAUUUUCAGUUGCAGCCUUGGGUGGUGCAGUAGCAACACUGUUUAUGAUUGCUGGCUGCGUAUGCGAGUUUAUGUUUAUUCAGCUCACCGAGUCCAACAUAUAUAUGCUUGGUCGUCGACUGCUGUUCUUGUUCGUUGUGCUCGCGAUAAACGCUGGUCCUACUUACUAUGUCGUCUUCAUGAAUAAAACUGGUCAAACCGCACUAUUUGUUGCCCUUGGUCAGCUCUUCUUCUCCGUGGUUACAACCCUUUACUUUUCCAUCGUUCCAAGUGCAAAAUUGCUCGGUGGUUCCUCUAAAUCAUCAAGAAAAGGUCUUGCUGCUCGUACGUUCACUGCCAACUAUCCAAAGCUGCCUAAAACCGAGAGAGCGCUUUCAAUCGCGUUGUGGGUUUGUGUGUUUUCUUGCAAGCUGGUCGAGUCGUAUUUCUUCUUGUCUCUUUCGUUCAAGGAUCCCUUGAAAGAAAUGCACGACAUGGUCGUAGCCAACUGCGGAGAUUCUUUGAUCGGGAACAGGCUUUGUACUCAAAUGCCUCGUAUGGCAAUUGUUAUCAUGUUCUUUAUGGAUCUAGUGCUAUUCUUUUUGGAUACCUACUUGUGGUACAUUAUCUGGGGUACCAUCUUCUCGGUAUGCAGAGCAUUUUACCUGGGAAUUUCUAUUUGGACACCAUGGAAGUACGUCUUUUCAGAACUUCCAAAACGUAUCUACGUCUCACUUUUAUGCACCGAGAAUACGCAGCCAAAAUACAAACCAAAAGCCUUGAUAUCGCAAAUAUGGAAUGCUAUUGUUAUCUCCAUGUAUCGGGAGCACUUGUUAUCGUUAGAAAAUGUGAAAAAGCUUCUCUACACACCAGAACGGUCAAACAGGACUGGUGAACAAACACUUCAGCCACCAGAAUUCUUUACCAAGCCCGGCGAAUCGAAAUCAAAAUACUUUCCCAAGUUUAGCGAAGCAGAAAGACGUUUCUCGUUUUUCGGCCAAAGUUUAUCAAUCACUAUGCCAGAUUCUAUUCCAGUCCAGAAAAUGCCAACUUUCACUGUCCUAGUGCCUCACUAUUCCGAAAAGAUUCUUCUCUCUCUCAAAGAAAUUAUUGGAACAGAGGAUCAGAGCACCCGGGUUACGUUACUCGAAUAUCUCAAACAGCAGCAUCCUAUAGAAUGGGACAAUUUCGUUAGGGACACGAAAGCACUUGCUGAAGAUAAAUCACUCUAUAAACCAACUGCAGUCGGGAAUCGAUUCAAAAACGUCGACAAAGAAGAUGAUCUUGCCUUUUACUCCGUAGGGUUCAAAUCAUCAGCACCGGAAUUUACCCUACGAACACGUAUCUGGGCAUCACUCCGUGCUCAAACAUUGUACCGCACAAUUAGUGGAUUCAUGAAUUAUUCAAAAGCCAUUAAAUUGUUAUAUCGCGUCGAGAACCCUGAAAUUGUUGCUAAAUACGCCCGAGAUCCUCGCAAACUGGAGCAAGAAAUUGCUAAUAUGGCAUCUAGAAAGUUCAAAUUUGUAAUCACCAUGCAAAGAUACUGCAAGUUCAACGCACAGGAACAAGAAAAUGCCGAUUUCUUACUGCACGCUUAUCCAGAUUUGCAAAUUGCUUACCUCGACGAAGUGCCACCUGAACGUGAAGGCGAAGAGGCAAAGAUAUUCUCGGUUUUGAUUGAUGGUUAUUGCAAAAAGGAUGCGAAUGGCAAACGUAUACCUAAAUAUCGUAUCCAAUUACCUGGCAAUCCUAUCCUCGGGGAUGGCAAAUCUGACAAUCAGAACCAUGCAAUCAUCUUUUAUCGUGGAGAAUUUCUUCAGCUAGUGGAUGCUAAUCAAGACAAUUACCUUGAGGAAUGUCUCAAAAUUAGAAACGUGCUAGGCGAAUUCGAAGUUUAUGGCCCACCACCUUCGGCGCCCUACUCUCGAGGCGAUUCGAAUUCUUAUCCUGUAGCAAUUGUUGGUGCACGCGAAUAUAUCUUUUCAGAGAACUAUGGUGUACUCGGUGAUGUGGCUGCAGGAAAGGAACAGACAUUUGGAACGCUUACGGCGCGUUUGAUGGCUUUGAUCGGUGCCAAACUGCAUUACGGGCAUCCCGACUUUCUAAAUGCUAUAUUUAUGACUACACGUGGUGGUGUUUCGAAAGCUCAGAAAGGAUUGCAUCUAAAUGAGGAUAUUUAUGCCGGUAUGAAUGCAUUUUGUCGCGGUGGUCGCAUUAAACACUCUGAAUACUAUCAAUGCGGUAAAGGACGUGAUCUUGGUUUUGGCUCCAUUCUACACUUUACAACAAAGAUUGGGACUGGUAUGGGCGAACAGAUGCUGUCGAGAGAAUACUAUUAUUUGGGUACUCAAUUGCCGCUGGACCGAUUCCUGACGUUUUAUUAUGCCCAUCCGGGUUUUCAUCUGAACAACAUCUUCAUUAUGUUGUCCGUCACACUCUUCAUGUUGGGUCUGAUGUUUAUUGGUGCUCUAGCUUCCGUGUUGACCUUGUGUGAAACUGCUCCGGAUCCGAACGGCCCUAUCCCGAAUUGCUACAACUUUAUUCCAGUAUUGGAAUGGAUAAAGCGAUCUAUUCUUUCCAUAUUUCUUGUGUUCUUUAUCGCCUUCUUACCUCUUUUCUUCCAAGAACUGACGGAGAAAGGGUUUAUCCGCAGUAGCACGCGCUUGGGCAAACAUUUCAUGUCCUUGUCACCGUUUUUCGAAGUGUUUGCAACGCAAAUAUAUGCUCACGCAGUUGUUACCAAUCUGACGUUUGGGGGCGCUCGUUACAUUGCGACCGGUCGUGGUUUUGCAACAGCACGGAUUCCUUUUUCGAUAUUAUACUCACGAUUUGCUGGACCUAGUAUCUACCUCGGCAUGCGCUUGUUGCUUCUCCUUCUCUUCAUCAGUUUGACGAUAUGGGUACCUCAUUUGGCAUAUUUCUGGGUGUCUGUCGUGGCUCUAUGCAUAUCCCCAUUCUUGUUCAAUCCGCAUCAGUUUUCUUUGGCAGAAUUCAUCAUCGAUUACCGAGAAUUCCUCAGGUGGAUGUCGCGUGGUAACUCCAAGUCGCAUAAAAACUCUUGGAUUGAUUACUGCCGUGUCUCAAGGACAAUGAUCACCGGUUAUAAGCGCAAGAGAUUAGGACAUCCGUCGGAAAAAAGUGUGGCAGACGUUCCUCGGCCAUCAUUUGCAGUUCUUUUUGCGUCUGAAUUGUUCACUCCCUUCGUCACAGCCAUUUUAUGUACCAUUGCAUAUACCUUUGUCAAGAGUUUUGAUCCUAAAACCAAAAAUACACCAAACACUGGCUCUAGUGCUCUCAUCCGGGUUGGCGUCAUUGCUAUUGGACCAAUAAUGAUGAACGCUGCAAUGUUGGUUGGAUUGUUCAUAAUCUCAAUUUGCAUGAAACCAAUGUUCAGUGGUGAAUCAAGUCGCUUUGGAUCAGCGAUGGCUUUUAUCGCGCACGGUUGGGCUGUUAUCAAUUUGAUUGGUGCGUUCGAGUUACUUUGGUACAUCGAAUCUUGGUCAGUGAGCAAUGCCCUCGUUGGCAUAAUAGCCGCUAUGGCUAUUCAACGUUUUACUUUUAAAUUCCUGGUUAUUGUAUUCUUGUCGCGUGAGUUUAAACAUGACGAGAUUAAUCUUGCAUGGUGGACUGGUAGAUGGGAUGUUGCCGGCAAUCCAGUUUUGCAGGCUGUGCGCGAAUUGAUUUGUAAGAUUGUGGAAAUGUCUCUGUUUGCAGCCGAUUUCAUCCUUGGCCAUAUUCUCUUGUUUAUAUUGGCACUGUUCUGUCUUAUUCCAUUUUUCGAUAAGAUUCAUUCUAUGAUGCUCUUCUGGUUACGACCAAGUAAACAGAUUAGAAAACCAAUUUUAUCCGCUAGCGUCCGUGCUGCAAGACGGAAAAUAGUUUUCAUGUACGGACUUUUGUUUCUUUGUAUGGCGGCAAUUUUUGCUGGAUUGGUUGCCGGUCCAAUAUACGUGGGAUCGAUGCUAACUCUUCCUUUUGAUCUGGGUAUUUAG